ACCUGAUUUGGCCACUACUGUGGUCUCAGAUGGAAUAUGUCGUGCUGCAUGAAGUAGUUCAGCCCUGGAUGUUCAACUUGUGAUGGAUAUGGUGUUUCCUAAGAGUUGAAUUUACAGCCGCUUGGCUUUGGUACGACUUCACCGACUUAGCAAAAGUUGGAGUUCGUAGGCAAAGGUAAGUUUUUUUCUGCUUAAAGCAUCAAUUCUUCCAUUACAAUAAGAUUUUUAGUGUUAUUUACUGAUGAGUAUUAGUGCAUUUUAAACAAAUAUGAAAGUAUGAAAUGUGACAGCUGAUGAAAAAUUGAGAGAGAAUAAAAUGUUUGUUUAGUUUUAGCAUCAAAAGGCUUUUAUUUUGGAAUUUCAUUGAUCCUAAACAAUUGACAUUCAGUGCUUUCUGCUUAUCAAGAUAAAAUAUCAGGAAAAAGGAGCCAAAUUGGGAUGAUGGAGUCCUACUUUUUUUUGUUUUUAUGCAUAAAUCUAUUAGGUUUUGUGAUUUUUUAUUAUUAUUUUGCAUGCAGCAUCUCCACUAUAUAUCAUUAAACUGAUCUCUGUCUGACGCAGCAUUAUUGUUUUAUGCCCAUUCCCAGAUUGUUUUAUUGCGUUUUCAUUUGUGUAACAGCACCAGCAGAUGUUUUGUUGUGUGUUUGCUUGUGUAGCAGUUCAGGGAAGACGUGGCAGCUGGUCGAAUGAGUGUGUUUGCCUCUAGUUGGACAGUUGCAUGUGUGUGUUGAUGGUAUGACAUCCAUUUAAUAUUUUUCUAGAGGAGAAGUGUUCUAAAGCAUCACAACAAACAAAGACACCUUUUUUUUCAUUUUUCUCUGCUUAUUGUUUUCUAAAAUAUUAAUUAUUAUCUCACAUUAUUAUCAAAAACGUAAAAAUAAGAUGUGAAUUUUACUAUUUUUUUUUGUUUUUUUUUUCAAUGUGCAUAUUUAAGAAUGUCAAAUGAGCCGCAAUACUCAGAUGAGAUGGAAAUGUUGGACAAAUGCUGGACACACGCAGCGAUCCAUAAACUGGAAUAUAGGUCACACCCUCGCCAUGAGUUUUGUUUGAAUUCUAAUGAAAUAUGCACGCCUGUCAGGCAUGGAGAGUCCACUAGAUGUCUCCAUGUGUUAAUACGGAAAAAUAAAAGUCAUCAGUGCAUAGGUUCUUGUUUCCUUCUCCCCUUUUUUUUACUGCUUAAUGACAUUUUUGUUAUCACUAAUUCAAAUAUGAUUAAAUUAAGGGAAAAAAAACAGGAGGAAAGUGGAGAAAGUGUUAAAAAAUAAGAUGGGAAAACGAGCAAAAAACGGACAGCUUUUGACAGAAGAUGAAGGAAAGAGAUUGUGAGGGGAGCGUGAGACGAAUGGAGAGAGAAAGAAGGGAGGAGGGGUUUAAUCCCGCCUGGAUUAUGGUAUAAACUGGUGCUGAAAGGAGGAACAGAUACUGUGGAGUGCAACUAUCCAUCCAUCAAUCCAUCUGUCUUCCUCUGAUGCUGUUUUUUAUAUAGAUAUAACUUUUUGAAAAACAAAAAAAUUCCCCCUUUUUUUAAAUAUUUUUUUGGAGAAUAUGUCCGGAAAUAUUCCUGAAAGUGGCAGAAUUUUACUGAGGAGCGAACUUCACCGGGACGUCCCAAGACUUUUGUCACGCCGUUUUAUCCCGGGCUCCAAAUGAGGAUUCAUGGAAGAGAGGCGAGGAUGAUGGGAGUAUCAGGAAUCAGAUUAGUCACCCCGCAGAGGGAGGUGUAGGAGGAUGACAAGACGCCGCUGUGACCCCCUGUGCACGGCAGUGACCUCUGACACAGGAGACAAAAGCUUCGUAGGUUCCUUCCUAAAGCGGAAUAACCAGCUUAGCUGAUAUCAAAUCACUCCAUCAGACAUUGCUUUGGAAUCUGAACAUUUCUAAAAAAAAACGGCAUGCAGCUAAAGCUUUGACAGCAGGACACAGUUGCAACUCUUGCUGGGCUGAUGCAGAUUGCAGCAGCUGCAGGGAUGAGCCGCUGGAGUACAGGGAAAGCUGGGAAUGCCGUCCGAUUGGAGAGAACUGGGCCACGCAGAAGGAGGCUCGUGAUGCUGAUGUGGAUUACGCUCUUCAGCGUGCUGUGCCUGACGGUUGACGGCCAGAUGAAGAUCCCACCAGAAACUGUACAGCAGUGGGCUGUUUCCUUUGGAAAAGAAAUAGCUGCUCUAUCUGCCAAAUACUCCGGUGCUAAACUUCUGCAAAAGAAAUACAAAGACAUUGAAGGCGCUGUGAAGAUAGAAGAGGUGGACGGUGAAGAGCUUGUGAAGAAGUUUGCAGAGGAAAUGGAAGAAAUGCUCGGGAGGAAGAUGAAAUCUGUCAAGAAGCUGGCUGAGGCAGCAGAGGAUGCUGAUCUGGUCCAUGAAUACAACGAAACACUGCAGUUUGACUACUUUAACUCUCUGCUGAUCAACACUGUGGAUGAAGAUGGAAAUCCAAUCCCACUCGGGGGGGAAUUCCCCUUAGAGAGGAACGAACAUUUCAAUAAACUGCCAGUCAACACACAGCAGAGUAACAUCCAAGUUCCUACAAACGUCUACAAUCAAGAUCCAGAUAUUUUAAACGGAGUCUACAUGUCUGAAGCUUUAAAUGACAUUUUUGUGGAUAACUUCCAAAAAGAUCCAACCCUCACCUGGCAGUACUUUGGCAGCUCUACAGGCUUCUUCAGGCUUUACCCAGGUAUCCAGUGGACCCCUGAUGAAAAUGGCGUGGUGACCUUUGACUGCAGAAACAGAAACUGGUACAUCCAAGCGGCUACGUCUCCCAAAGACGUCAUAAUCGUGGUGGACGUCAGUGGCAGCAUGAAGGGACUGAGGCUGACGAUAGCCAAACACACAAUCAACACAAUCCUGGACACACUGGGAGAAAAUGAUUUUGUUAACAUUAUAGCCUACAGCGACUAUGUCCGCUAUGUGGAGCCGUGUUUCAAGGGCAUUUUGGUGCAAGCCGACCUGGAUAACAGAGAGCAUUUCAAGCUGCUGAUCGACGAGCUUCAUGUGAGAGGAGAAGGAAAAGUGAAAAAUGCAAUGAAGGAGUCUUUUAAGAUCCUGAAUGAGGCUGCAGCGCAGGGGCAGGGCAGCCUGUGCAACCAGGCCAUCAUGCUGAUAACAGACGGCGCCAUGGAAGACUUCCAGGAUGUCUUUCAGGAGUUUAAUUGGCCCGAUCGACGAGUUCGAGUCUUCACCUAUCUAAUUGGACGGGAAAUGACAUUUGCAGAAAAUGUCAAAUGGAUCGCCUGCAACAAUAAAGGCUAUUACACACACGUGUCCACACUGGCUGAUGUCCAGGAAAAUGUUAUGGAAUAUCUCCAUGUUCUCAGCAGGCCGAUGGUUAUCAACCACGACCACGACAUAAUCUGGACCGAAGCCUACAUGGACAGUGUGCUGUUCAACACUCAGGCACAAAGUCUGCUCAUGAUGACUUCAGUAGCAAUGCCUGUGUUCAGCAAAAAGGAAGAAACUUUAUCUCAUGGGAUUUUGCUGGGGGUCGUGGGAACUGAUGUGGCUUUGAGAGAAUUGAUGAGAUUAGCUCCAAGAUACAAGCUGGGUAUCCAAGGUUACGCCUUCCUCAUCACCAAUAAUGGUUACAUCCUGUCUCAUCCUGAACUACGACCUUUGUAUAAAGAAGGGAAGAAGCUGAAGCCCAAACCUAACUAUAACAGUGUUGACUUAUCCGAGGUGGAGUGGGAAGACACUGAGGAAAAACUGAGGACCGCCAUGGUCAAAGGAGAAACAGGAACUCUGUCUUUAGAUGUGAGAACCUCAGUGGAUAAAGGAAGAAGAGUGUUGUUCUUGAGAAAUGAUUACUUUUACACAGACAUCAAAGAAACGCCGUUCAGUCUUGGUAUCGUGUUGAGUCGGGGAUAUGGAGAGUAUAUCUUCACAGGAAAUGUUUCAGUCGAGGAUGGUCUUCAUGACUUACUGACUCCAGAUCUGACCAUAGCCAACGAGUGGACCUAUUGUGAGACUGACAUCGACCCAGCACACCGUAAACUGACCCAACUGGAAGCAGUGAAGAAAUACCUGACAGGAAAAGAACCAGAUCUGGACUGUGAUUCUCAGCUUUUGCAGCAAACUUUAUACGACGCUGUGGUCUCAGCUCCUAUGGAAGCGUACUGGACCGCACUAAUGCUCAACACAUCGGGUAUGGAUGAUGGGAUUGAAACAGCUUUUUUGGGGACUCGUUCAGGUCUACUGAGAUUCCAGAGAUACGCUGGGAUCGAAAAAAGAACCGGCAGGUCUUUCCUGACCUCCACAGACAUGGAGAAUAUGUUCACCCUGGAUCACUUCCCAGUAUGGUACCGCAGGGCAGCUGAGUAUCCAGCUGGGCAGUUUCUUUACUACAUGCCCAGACAAGACACAAGAGCAGGAAGAAUAGUGAUCAGUGCCACUGCUGUCACUGUGACUGUGGGGAAGAAAACCGCCAUCGCUGGAGCUAUUGGAGUCCAGAUGUCUGUUGGAGCGAUGGAAUCCAAAUUUUGGGCCAUCACAGCUCAGCCAAAUGACACAGAUUGCUCCAAUGUGGAAGGGGUGUGCCCUCUCCGCUGUGAUACACUUGAUAUUGACUGUUACGCCAUUGACAAUAAUGGCUUUGUCCUCAUUUCCAAACAGCGCAGUGAUGCAGGAAAGUUCUUUGGCGAAGUUGACGGCUCAGUGAUGACCACGCUGAUCAGGAUGGGCAUGUUCAAAAGGGUGUCGUUAUUCGACUAUCAGGCCAUGUGUAGAAUGAACUCACACUCUGUUAGCAGCGGCCGCACACUCUUCAGUCCUUUCUAUGGUCUGGCUUCAGCCUUCAAGUGGAUCCUCUCCAACUUCCUUCUGUUCCUACUGAAAUUUAAUAUCUGUGGAUUCUGGCAUUCGGAGCAUUUUGCUGAGGCCAAGUCAUCUUUCAGUGUGUCCUACGUCCAUAAGAAAAAAGUGGACAUCCUGCAGCCGUGUGACACCGAGUACCCCAGCUUCAUUUAUGAGCCGUCAGUCAAAGAGACCAACAGUAUUAUCAAGUGUGGACGGUGCCAGAAAAUGUUUGUAGUCCAACAGAUCCCAGAGAGCAACCUGUUGAUGUUGGUUGUGCAAGCUGACUGCGACUGCUCCAAGCAGUAUCCGCCCUUAACCCUGGAGCCCAAAGAAGUCAAAUAUAAUGCAUCAGUAAAGUGUGACAGAAUGAGGUCUCAGAAGAUUCGCAGACGCCCUGAGUCCUGUCAUUCUUUUCAUCCGCAGGAGAAUGCAGACGACUGCGGAGGAGCAUCUGUCAUCUCACUCCCAGCCUCCCUCCUCUUCAUAUGUCUUUCCAUUGCUGGAUCUAUUUCAUGAUGAUGGACAACUUUGUUUUUUAAAGUCUUGUUAAAAAAACUGUCUAACUUCUGGAACUUUAUACAUUAUGACAACAGAAUAAAACCAUUUAAUGGAUUGCUGUUGCCAUGGACACUUUCCGAUUCAUGCACGACUGUGAAUUGCUUGAAAAGAAGAAGGUUACAGCAUGCCUUUUUAAAGGGAACGGUGAGUCACCAGGUGCUGCAGAGCUACAUUCAAGCAAGAGCGCAACAGGUCUGAUCUGAAGAUCUACAGUGCAUUUGCAAAUAUGCUCAUCUACCUUCAAAAUCAACAUUUCUGCUUCUGUUUUCAUAAAAAUAGUUAACAAGAAGAGAGCUGGUGAAUGCGCAUCAGUGGGCAUUAGAUGAACACGUCAGAAAUGCCAUACGUGGGCUGUAUCAGAAAUAUGAAACAGUUGAAGGGUCAUACUUUUUCCUUCAUUUUUACAUGUUUUAAAUAAAAAAAAUACUAGGGGUGUGUGCAUUGGUAAUAGUCUGGUGAUACGAUACGUAUUGCGAUACGUGUGUCUCAUGACACUUAUCGCGAUAUAUCCCAAGACUGUACCAGAACCAUUUUUUUUAAAGAAUAUUAGUUAAAAACAAAAUCUGAAAAUUAAUACAUUUAAAAUGGUAAAAAAAAAA